AUGAUGGGUACAGUCGUAGACGACGUACAAUCGAACGAAAAUAGCACUAAUUUAGAAUUUGCCACACCUGAAAAGCAAGAAACACGUGCAUUUUUGCGCGAACGAUUUCUGCGUGUAAUUACUGGAAUUGUUGGCAAGCAAGCAGAAUUUCAUUUACAUGAAAAUACGCGCGUUUCUGCUGAAUUUAGAGGUUGUGAUGUAGAGUGCUUGGAAGUAUACGUACGAAAUUUGGAAACACCAUUAGGCAAAAUUCCAGAAGCAGUUCUAAGAGCAAGUGACAUUAUUUAUCUGAAUGUGAAUGACACUAAUGUAGCACAAUAAAUUCGCAAAAUGCAGAUUGCUGAACACUGGGAAACCCAGAUGGAAAUGGAUGUUGUUGGCCAGCCA